UAUUGUUCUCUAGCUUUGAUAUAUAGAUAUAUAUAUUAAUUCUCAUCUUCAUAGAGAUAUAUGGCCCCAAACCAGCACUUUACUAAUGGUUUUCAAAGCACUACGGUAUCUGAUAUAACCUUAAUUGAACGCAACAAAGAAGUGGCCAUAGAAGAAACACAUGAUGAGUACAUAUUACCAACCGUGUCCGAGGUAGAGAAUGCGAAAUGCGAGUGUUGUGGAAUGUUCGAGGAGUGCACCCGCGAGUACAUAAGGCGCGUGCGUGAAAUGUUCUUGGGGAGGUUAAUAUGCGGGUUGUGUGGUGAAGCUGUGAAUGUGGAGAUGGAGAAGAAUGGUGGAAAGCGAGAGAAAGCUCUCAAAGAGCACAUGAGCGAUUGUGUGAGGUUCAAUAGGCUUGGUAGGUCAUAUCCUGCUCUGUACCAAGCUGAAGAUGUCAAAGAGAUCCUGAAGAAGACUCAGAAAAAGGCCAUGUCCAACACUCCUGAUGAUUCUAAGGGUAGUCCAAGCAAGUCUGGGGCACAGGGAUGAUGAAAAAAUUAAGUACAUCGUGAUGUCUUGAUUGAUCUUGAUCAACUUUUGGUUUGAGAUUUAAUUUCUGCUAUUGCAGCAUUAAUUUCUUUUUUUUUAGGUAUGUUUAAGAGAGAUUAUUAGGCCAUUAUUAGGUCAUGGUCCCGAUCAAUCUCCAUAUAAUUAAAUGUUAUCAUUCAUGUCACAUAGAGAUUGAUCCACACCAUAGACAAAUAAGGAUAAUUUAUUUGAUACAAGCAAGUAAUAAAAGUAGAGUUUAUUUAUAUAUAGUUAGAGUAAAUAGAUUUGAAAUAUAUGUAUA